AUGGAGUUGACUGUGAUGAAGAGCCGCAACCUGAUCCUACCCGGAACCUUGUAUUUAACAUCAAUGUAUGUAUCAGACAUGGUGACGUGUACACGGAAUCGCAAUGCUCCCUCCACAGCAACAGAACCGCAGCAAUUAUAUCAUCAAUCUUCGGUCUACUCUCGAUCAUUCAAAUGGAUUCCAUGUGGUGAUCAAGAGGAACAGUUCAAGGGCGAUCCCCCUAGGAUAGUCUUUGAUGAUAUUUUGGUUGCGAAGCUUAGACCUGGUCAACAGAUUGAAGCAAACUGCCAUGCUGUGAAAGGAAUUGGACGGGACCACGCCAAAUUCAGUCCCGUAGCCACCGCAUCAUAUAGGUUGUUGCCCACGAUUCGCCUUCUGGGCGAGAUUCGUGGAGAAGCCGCAGAGCGACUGAAGGAAUCCUUUAGUGAAGGUGUGAUCGAGCUAGUAGAACGAGAUGGAGAAAAAGUCGCAGUUGUUGCGGACGCCAGGAGGGAUACUUGCAGUCGAAACGUAUUUAGACAUGACGACUUGGCUCCGCUUGUGCAACUCGGAAGGAAGAAAACUCACUUUAUAUUUAGCGUCGAAUCUACAGGUGCGCUUAGAUCUGCGGAGCUAGUGGUAGAAGCUUGCAAGGUGAUGGAGGAGAAGUGUAGUGCGCUUCGUAAAGGAAUAACGGAGAUACUC